CCCUCCCUAAGAGUCGGUUCUGUCGUGCGGUCUUCCAUGUUGCAGCGUGACCACUGCGUCACGACCAAACGCCAUCAUCGUAAAUACCGGAGAACCUAAUGACCUGGCUACGCGUAGGAGGUAGUCGCGCUGUCUUCUGGGAUGCAGCGAUGGAGCUCCGCGUCCUCGCGACCGUAGCCCUUGCUAUCAUUUUGAUUUCAAGGGCAGACAGCGCAGAGAAAGGGGACGACGGGAACUACGAGUCCCUCUUUCUCACUCCGUACAUCAAGGCGGGCCAGAUCGACUUGGCCAGGAAACUGAGCCGAGUGAAGCUGUUCGAAGACCUGAUCGGGGCGGAGACUCACUCCGGCUACAUCACCACCGACAGCUGGAAAAAAAGCAAUCUCUUCUUUCUCCAUAUUCGCGCCAGAAAAAACCCGGAUGCCUACCCGCUUCUACUUUGGCUCCAAGGUGGUCCUGGACUGUCGUCCCUGUUCGGCGAGUUCCUCGAGAUCGGACCCUUGGGCAUCGACGACCAAGGGCGUCUUUUCCAGAGGCGAAGCUCCCUCCAGAGGCACGUGAACGUCGUGUAUCUCGAUCAGCCGGUGGGAGCCGGCUACAGCUUCACCAAGGGUCUGCUCGGAUACGCCAAGGACCUGAACGACGUGUCCAGCGGCGUACUCACGUUCCUCGACCAGUUCAUCACCAUGUUUCCCGAGUACGCGAAUCGGACGUUCUACGUCGGGGGCGAGUCUUACGGAGCUAGGUUCGCCGUCGGCGUUUCCCACGCCAUCCACGUGGGGAAGGAACCGCGCGUCCCGCUGCACCUCCGAGGCGUCAUCCUCGGCGCCGGUUUCCUCGGGCGCCUCAUGAAGGUGGCCGACUCAUCGGCGUUCCUCUACGAGAUGUCGCUCGUCACCAAGAAGGGCCGCAAGAGCCUCGCCGAGAGCUUCGCCGACAUGAGACGCAAGGUGAGGACGCUGAUUGGCAAGCUGGCCGCUCUGCUGCGACUCCGCAAGACCAUCUUCACGUCCGAGAAGAAGCCCACCCUGUUCCAGAAGCUCACGGGCUUCAACAACCAGGCCAGCGCCCUUUACUCCGAGAGGCCCAUGAACAUGGUCCAGUACGAGAAGUACGUGCAGUCUGAUGCGUUCAAGCGAGCCGUACACAUCGGCCGGGACGUCGAGUUUAUGAAGGACGAGGGCAAGGUGGCGACGAGCCUGAAGAAUGACUACCCUGACCGACAUAAGCCACGAGAUAGAGGCCCUGCUCCAAUCGUACAAGGUGCUCUUCUACACGGGUCAGAUGGACACGCUCUUCCCGUCGCGGAAUCUCCAGGAGUACUUCCGGUCCCUCGACUGGACCGGCGCCGAGGAGUUCCGGAAGGCGGAGCCGAAGCACUGGAAGGCGUAUCCCACGUCUCGUUCCGUAUCCGGUCUCGUGAUCAGGGUGCGAAACAUGACCGACGUGGUGCUCUUCCGAGCGGGACACUACACGGCCGUCGACGAACCAGACGCGGCCAACAAGAUGAUGUUGAACUUCAUCGAGGACAACGCGAAGGAAUGGGGCAUUCCUGAUCACGCGGAAACGAGCGAAAAACGUGGGUGAACCACAGAGGGCUAGACACUUGUGCUAUCCCAUGGUGCAUUUAUGACGUCCACCUACGCGCUUUAGGGCCCCUAACCCACUUCCGAUUUUUUUUUAACAUUUCAAGUAAACAUUCGACUGCUGACCCGAAGGUCGCGGGAUCGAAUCCCGGCCGCUGCGGCCGCAAUUCGAUGGAGGCGAAUUGCUAGAGACCCAUUUACUUGGACUUAGAUGCACGUGAAAGAUCCCCAACUGGUCGAAAUUUCCACAGCCCCCCACUACGGCGUCCCUUAUAAUCAUAUCGUGGUUUUGGGACGUAAACUUCAACACAUAUUAUUAUUAUUAUUAAUAUUCAAGUGAACAGGCGCGUCGAGUUCGGAAUUCUGUCACGAUCAACAAUGCCAAACGCAACAGCGCUACGAGCCGCGGGCGCGCCACGAAAUCCAAGAAACAAUCCCAUGCUCCUCUCCAGGCCUUUCGGUAUCCCCAGUGUUGAUAGUGACGUCACUAGUCGCAUCUGGUCAUGUCAGCAACAAAAAAAAAAAAGUGUUUGCUCGCAGUUACGAGCUCGCUGCUCUCCUCCUCGAACGGAGAGGAGGAACACUCGGCCAGGAGGAGAGGCGAUCCGACGAAUCCGUGUACAGAAGGAAAAAGUGAAACGAGCCAGGGCCGCACUUGUAUUAUCAAACGCGCGUAACUCCGCUGCUACGGUACCGUUUACAAAAAUUCUCGCGGCGACGUGUUCGUUGCAAACUCAUGAACAACUCUAAAUUUCGAGCUUUGGGUGGUUUAGAGGUGAUUUAGCGCAAUUCUACUAUAGCGAAAGAGUAAAACCUACUUCCGCGCCCGGGUAUGUUUCCUCAUAGGGACCGCUGCUUACGUCGAGAGCCAGAACUGCUUAUAUGCCGAACGUUAGCGACAAGUAUACCGCGUCUUUACCUCUGUGUCUAUACGGUCGUGUCAAUUGCAAAACGUCUCGAAUGCCACGAAGGGCGCGACAGCGAGAAUAAAGGAAGAAGAUUUCUCAUUUACAACUGUGCGUUGUGGUGAAUGCUGGGCAGACUGCUGCGUUGCACGUGUCGCAUACAAAUGUGGCGACCUGCGAAGAAAAA